AUGGCGCAGUCCCUAAGAGCCAGUGUAAGUUCCCGAUCCAGUGCCAUGCGGCUACAAUUGACGAGGAUUUCAGGCUCGACUUCUAGCUCGUGCGAGCAUCAGAACGGUGCAGACUCCUCGUCGGAGCUUUGCAGUUUCCUCAGCCUCGAAGAUGCGUGCGUAACCCGGUCGUUUAUGUCAACACACUUACUUACAGUUGCAGCCGAUCUCAUCCAAGAUUUGUAUCUGAAAGAGCUUCGAGCAUACAAGCCUCCCCCACAAAAGGCCUCGGAUGCCGAAGGUCACGUCCAGAAAUUUGCUCCUCCUCCGCCUCCCCAGUCCCCGGAAGAGACCAAUCUUGCCAGCGAAAUGAAGGAAUACGAGGAACAAGUCGUGGAAAUUGAGGGGCAGAGCGCAGCUGGGGAAACGCAGGCGGAAGACGACUUCUUCGAGGAUAUUGAGGAAGACGACGACGAACCGGCACAUCAUUGA